GGUGUAUAUUAAAAGAGGGUGUAAAACGAGUAUUUUGUGGUAUAAAUUGAUGGUAUUUAAGGCAAGACUUGAUGAUAAAAGUGUUAAAACUCAGCAAAAUAUAUCAAAGAUAAUUGAACUUAUUGAAAGAUCGAAAAGAUCAGUAGUUAUUACAGGGUCUAAUAUAAUGUAUGGUGGAGAGAAUGGGGGAUUUUAUUCAUCAGAUGGAGUUUAUAAAUUUGUUGAAAAGCGAUAUCCGAAUGUUAUGAUGAAGGCUAAGGAUUUACUUGAUUCAUUAAUGUUUCGUGAUGAGGUUUCUACGUCGAUAUUUUAUUCAUUUAUGAGUGAGUUACGUACGCUUAUUUUGUCAGCUAGACCGGCAAAUACGUAUAAGUUUUUAAAGAUUUUGAGGGAUAGAUCAUCAGUUUUAAAGUGUUAUACGGAAAACAUUGAUAAUUUAGGAUUACAAGAAGAAAUAAGUUCAAAAACGAAUGAUUUAAAAAAAAAUAAUGUAACAGAGUUUAAUGAUGAUAUUAAUAAAAUAAAAUGUAUGAUUUGUGGUGUAAAAUGUGAUUAUAGUGUAGAAAGAAUUGAACUUUUGAGAAAUGGUCAGGUACCAGAUAGGUUUGUAUGUGUAAAUGAUGAAAAGAAGAUAAAAAAGGAAAAAGGAGCUUUAAAAAUAGGUUUUUUACGUCCGGGUAUUGUAUUAUAUGGUAAUACGCACCCUAUUCAGGAUUUUUUGGGUGAAUUGACGGCAUCUGAUGUUAAAAAAUGGCCAGAUCUAUUGAUGAUUAUUGGAAUAUCACUUAAAUUUAUACCUAUUAAUUCUUUGAUCAAAGAUAUUUCAAAAAUUGUUCAUACGAAUGGAGGAAAAGUCAUUUUUGUCAAUCGUAUGGAACCAUCUAAUAAUGAAUGGAAAGGAAUUAUUGAUUGGUACGUCGAUGCUGAUUCUGAUGAAUGGAUUGAAGGACUUAAAGAAAGAAAAUUACCAAUGUUUACCUAUCAACCUAAAUCAUCUGCAUUUCCUAUUAAAAAAAGACGUUCAAAAAAAAAUGGAACUGAACAAAUAUUAUACGAAAUUUCUAAAGCCGUUUCUCCUGUAAUAUCUUUACUCAAAAAACCUUAUACGAGUUCUAGAAAAAAAAAAGUAUCUAAUCUCCCUAGAGUCAAUUUUUCUGUUCCUCCACCUAAAAUGGCACCUUUAGUUCUUACAAAAAAUAAAAUUCAUGUAGUCUGUGGAAAUAAAAAAAUAAGACCUUAAUUCAUUCUUCUUUAAAAUGGCUUUUUUUUGGUUUAUUUAC